GCUCUGUUGACGUUUGCUCUCCCAUCGAUUCCCAAUCAAUGCACACACAUACGCACUGACCGCAAUCUAACUGGAUCGUGAUCAAACACAGCAAACCCGAUCAACAACAAAACGCGACGUCACACGGCGUCCGUUCCGGUGUGUUUGUUUUGAGAAGCCAGUUUCAUCAGCCGUAAUUACUUCGCGGGACCCUAAUCAGUGGACGCGGCAAACAUGAACUGCCUUGACUCGUGGUGGCAGAUUUCGGUGCUUUCCGGACGCCGAUGAUCACUUCGCUGGGUGUUUUCUUGAUUGCUCCCACUUUCAUCUGUGCAUCUCCUUUCGGUGUUUCUUCCCUUCCAGUACCUCGCCGCACCAGCCUAAUACCCCGGGUGGGGGGGAGGACAACGUCCCGGUCAAAGGACGCUCGGCCGUGGCUGCUGCGCUAUCGGUCCGCGGCGGAUGGCGGAAAAUUCCCUGCUGCCACCGUUUUUGGGCAGGAAAUGACUGUUGACACUGUUAGACCUUCGAGAAGGAAGCGUGAUUAGGAGCGCAGCAAUCGCACUAGAUUGAGACCGGGUGAACGAUUUUCGGACGACAGGCCGGCACUGAUAAGACGUUGGCGGGCGUGCUAGUGGCCGUCGUAAGCAUCUCAAAUCUUAUAUACACCCGGUUUCGGUCAAGCGCGAUGCUCAGUUUCCCGACAAACGCCUGCGGGUAGUGUACCAUUGUGUCUGCGCUUCCACGCUUCCAUAAAACUUUGUGUAUGUGAGUGUGUGCGUGUGUGUUUGUGAGUGUGAAAAACAUUCUGAAGGACUGACCUCCCAAUCAACCUCUGCAAUACGUACGGAACCCAACCAAAUCGGCUCGAGCCUUUUAGUAAGGACACGUACCCCGGGUGCCGGACCGGUUGUAACGCUUCAAUGCAUAACGCCUACUUUCUGCUGUUCAAUCGAUGCGACAUUGCGAACAAAACACCUCUCACCUGGCUCGAAAUACUGGACAAGGGCUAAACGAACCUGUUCGACUCAUUUACCCACACACCGAUACUUCCUGUUCCUCUAUCUUCUGCCACCUUUGUACGUGCGUGUGUAACGAUGGCACCAAAAUUUCGCGACGUAGACCAAACGACACCUCUGCUGAUGGACUGCAACAAUAACAAUGGACAAUGCGGCAAUGACAUACGGACGAGGAUCGGCAACGGUACCAUCGUCCACAUUCCCGGUGAUAUCGACCGGAGCGCUAAACCAUCCCCACUGGACGCACAGUACGGUACCACGCUGGUGGAUCCGGUCGAUGGACGAACGCUAGAACAUCCCACUACCAACCUGGACACGUUGAUGCACAUGCUGAACGGUAAUCUCGGCACCGGUAUCCUGGCGAUGCCGGACGCCUUCAAGAAUGCGGGCCUGUACGUAGGAUUCUUCGGCACGCUCGCGAUGGGCGUCAUCUGUACGCACUGUAUGCAUCUGCUGGUGCGCUGUUCGCACGAUCUCUGCCGACGGUACGGCCGACCAUCGCUCUCGUACGCCGAAGUCGGCUACUAUGCGCUCGAUUCCGGCCCGUCCUGGGCACAGCCACUGGCUACCAGCUUCCGGCGGCUCAUCAACACCUUCCUGAUCGUGAUGCAGCUCGGUCUGUGCUGCGUGUACUACCUGUUCGUUGCGGUCAAUCUGCGCGAGCUGCUCAUAUACUUUGGCGUCCAGGUGCCAGUACUGACCGUGCUCGGCUAUCUGCUCAUACCGCUCACCCUGAUGAACAUGGUGCGCAGCUUGAAGCUGCUCACACCAACAUCGCUAACCGCCUCCAUACUAGCGAUCGCAGGACUCGCGAUCGCUUUCCUGUUUCUGCUGCAGGAUCUACCACACAGUGCGAGCGUACGGCCCGUUUCGUCCUGGUCGACCUUACCACUCUACUUCGGCACGGUAAUGUACGCGUUCGAAGGCAUUGGGGUGGUGUUACCGCUCGAGAACAAUAUGGCUAAUCCGCGCGACUUUAUCGCCUGGAAUGGGGUGUUGAACACCGGGAUGACUGUCGUGGUGUGCCUAUAUUCGGCGGUCGGGUUCUACGGAUAUCUCAAGUACGGUGAGCAGGCACAGGGCAGCGUUACACUCAACCUACCGAAUGAUAAUCUGCUCGCUCAAAUCGUACGCCUGUUGAUGGCGGUCGCCGUGCUCGCCUCGUACGCACUGCAGUUCUACGUCCCGAUGACGAUCCUGGCACCGGCCGUCACGAAACACUUUCGCCAUCGGCACUGUGCCGAGUACGGAUUGCGGCUUGUCACCGUGCUGCUCACAUUCGUGCUGGCUGCCAUCAUCCCGAACCUGGGCAUCUUUAUCUCGCUCGUCGGUGCCGUCUCCACCUCCACGCUGGCGCUCGUCUUCCCGCCGCUAAUCGAUCUGCUUACGCUGUGGCCGCACGGUGAUCGACCAGCUCGGCACUGGAUCGUGCUGAAGGAUUCGCUCAUCAUAGCGUUCGGUGCAUGCGGAUUCUUCUUCGGCACUGCCAAAAGCCUCGCGACCAUCUUUGGGACAUCGGAAGCGGAUCUGAGCGGUAUCCACUAGCUUGCCGAGCAGGACACCAUGGACGAGAGAGGCCAGGAAGGCCAGGCGUGUUUUGUUUUAAAACCAUGGAGCGUGACAGCUUCUCCGCUUCGUAUUCUAUCCAGCAACGCACGCGAACGAGUUUUUGCAGGCAAAUGUGAGCGCGCUGUUCGAUGUGAGUCAACGCCGAUGGUUAUUGUACGAUGCGGGAAGGGAAGAGGAUGGGUGGCGCAAGUGGCGGCCGAUCGCUGACAGCUGGUACCAGGACAGCCAGCGACAACCCCACCCGGCGGCCACCAACCCACCAUGGAGAGGAAAUCGUUAUAUCUGUAGAUGUAUUAGGUAGAUAGUUUUGCUUUUAGUACUAACAAAUGUCCCUCAAUGGGUGUAUAUUUAUCAUCGCGAAGGGACCUGAAUGUUAAUCGUAUGUAAUAAUGCUAAUGUCGCGCUGGAGAGUAGGAAAGAGGGUACCUUCCCGCCUUCCCUCCCAACCCGCUUCCCCCUCCGCUACCACCGCGCUCGCACGAUUGUGACGGAUGGGAGAUGAUCGGUGCGUUACGGUGGAGACAAUACCAGGGGGACGGCCGGGUAGGCAUGCCGUAUCGUUCGGCGGGAUGUACGAUAAUACUUGGUACGGGACAACAAACAACGCAAAACGAAUGUCUAGCAGACGGUGCCGUGUCUCUUGGAGGGAUGUAGAUGCAAUCAAGAGCUGCGUGUCGAUACGGUGUGCGUAAUGUGAAGGAGUGCUUCAAACAACCUAGAUCCAACCACGGUAUGGUGGGCGAUCGUUUGCUUUCUCCCGUGCGCAACCGUGCAAGCGAGAGAGGAAAAUAAAGAUAUUUUUGAUACUCCACUAGCGAAA